AUGGCUGAUAACCGUGGUUUUGAUGGAGAUGAACCUGCUGAUUUGCCAAGUAGCUCAAAGUCAGACAAAGCAGAAAAGAGUUCACAGCAAAAUGGAUUCAAUAACUCAUCAAUUUUCGAUAACAAAAAAACUAACAAAGUGGACAUCGACAAUACGAGUAUUAAGUCAUCCGAAAAAAAUGACGAUGAUAAAGAAUCCAAGGGAAAGAAAAACAUGGUUUCUUUCUCAGAUCUGUUCCGAUUUGGUGAUGGCAAAGAUAAAUUAUUGCUGUCUUGUGGCAUUUUGUUUGCCUUGUUAAAUGGUGCAAUGCUGCCACUUAUGAUUAUAGCAUUUGGUGGGAUGACUGACACUUUUGUGCAUCUAGGCGCUAAUGCUACCUACAAUGAAUCUACUUACAAUGAGGAAGCCAUGUUGGAUGCAUUUAUUACUGAUAUAAAUAAAUUUACUAUAAUGUUUGUCAUACUUGGUGUCGCAGCCUUUGGUGCAUCAUACGUACAGGUGGCAUGUUUUGUAACCACUUCAGAACGACAAGCUUAUCGCAUGCGAACUGUCUGUUUCGAUGCCGUCCUGAAGCAAGAAAUUGGUUGGUUUGAUACACAUCCGAGUGGUGAAAUAACAACAAGAUUGAAUGAUGAUGUUAACAAAGUGAAGGGUGGUAUUGGGGAUAAGCUAGGACAGUUUUUCCAGUUCUUUUCAACAUUUAUAGCUGGUUUCAUAGUUGGUUUUGUCUAUGGAUGGGAGUUGACUCUUGUUAUAUUAUGUGUGUCUCCACUUUUAGCUAUUUGUGGCGCAGUCAUGGUCAAGAUGAUGACGUCAGCCACAAGCCAUGAAUUAGAUGCAUAUGCCCAAGCAGGGUCAAUUGCUGAAGAAGUGUUAUCAUCCAUACGGACAGUGGUCGCUUAUGGCGGAGAGUCAAAGGAAGUAGAAAGGUAUACUGAAAACCUGAAACUAGCAAGAACUCCGGUGUUCUUUGGUGUUUUGAUUGGAGCAUUUUCCCUUGGUAAUGCUGCCCCGGCUAUUGGUGACAUUGCCACAGCUAGAGGUGCUGCUUAUACUAUAUGGAGCAUAAUAGAUCAGGAUCCCUCCAUUGAUAGCAGCAGUAAGGAAGGUGACAGACCCAAAAUAGAAGGAAACGUUCAAUUGGAGGAUGUGGAGUUUCAAUAUCCAUCAAGACCAGAUAUUCAGGUUCUCAAAGGUAUUAGUUUGACCAUAGAUGUUGGUCAAACGGUGGCAUUGGUUGGGUCAAGUGGAAGUGGUAAAAGCACUGCAGUCCAAUUAAUACAGCGAUUCUAUGACGUCAUGAAAGGAUGUGUUAAAGUAGAUGGAAAGAACAUCAAAGAUAUGAAUGUAACCUGGUUGCGUAAUCAUAUUGGUGUUGUUAGUCAAGAACCUGUUCUCUUUGGAACCACAAUUGCUGAAAACAUUCGAUAUGGCCGAGAAGAUGUAACUAUGGAAGAAAUUGAGAGAGCCUGUCAAGAAGCAAAUGCAUAUGAGUUCAUAUGUAAAUUACCUGAUCGUUAUGACACACUUGUUGGUGAAAGAGGAGCUGCUUUAUCUGGUGGACAAAAACAGAGAAUAGCUAUUGCUAGGGCAUUGGUCAGAGAUCCUAAAAUAUUGUUAUUAGAUGAAGCGACUUCAGCACUUGAUACAGAAAGUGAAGCAACUGUACAAGUUGCAUUGGAUAAGGCCAGUGUAGGAAGAACUACUUUGGUGAUUGCCCAUAGAUUGUCUACUAUACGUAAUGCUGACAAGAUCUGUGCAAUGCAAGAUGGUAUUAUAGUGGAGGAAGGUACACACGAUGAACUGAUGGCAAAGCAGGGACUGUAUUAUGAGCUUGUUAUGAUGCAAUCUAAAAAGAAAGAUAAUGAAGAAAAUGUCAUUGAUGAUGAUCUUGAAGAUGAGGCAAUCAUUCUAAAGAGUGGCAGUGGCUCGUUCAAACGAUCCUUAUCUGCCAGGGGAUCCGACAGAAAACUAAAGAGAGCAUUAUCAUCCGCCUCCAAGAAGUCUGAUGCUGAAGCUGAUAACGAGGGAGACAGUGACCUUGAUGAAGCUCCCGAAGUUAGCAUGAAAAGAAUCAUGAAAAUGAAUUCUCCUGAAUGGCCAUACAUUUUAUUUGGUACUAUUGCGGCUGCGAUCACCGGUGCGUGUCAGCCAGCAUUUGCCAUUGUGUUUGCUAAAGUCAUAGUAGUUUUCGCAUUGCCUGAGGAUGAAAUCUUAGAUGCAGCUGCUCCACUGUGUGCUGCAUUCGCUAUUCUUGGUGUUAUCCAAUGCUUUAGUAUGAUAGCCGAGUUUUCUCUGUUUGGUAAAUCUGGCGAAGAGCUGACUUUAAGAUUGAGAUUUUUAGCAUUUACUGCUAUAUUGAAACAGGAAAUAGGAUGGUUUGAUCAACAAAAAAAUAGUACCGGUGCUCUCACUACAAAACUGGCUUCAGAAGCAUCUGCAGUACAAGGGGCUGCUGGUAGAAAUAUAGCAAUGGUUGUACAGGCAUUCUUCAGUUUAGGUAUUGGUAUUUUCAUUGCAUUUUUCUUCGGUUGGCAAAUGACGUUAGUGGUGUUGCUGUGUUGUCCACUGCUGGUUGUUGCUGGAUUUUUACAUGCAAGCGUCCUCAAAGGGUUUGCGAAUAAAGACAAAGAUUCACUACAAGGUGCAGGAAAGAUUGCAUCUGAAGCUGUUGAAAAUAUCCGAACAGUCGCAUCCCUUACAGUGGAAGGUAGAUUCAGUAGAAUAUACGCAGAUUUCCUAUUUGCACCCUAUGAAGGAGGUCUCAAGAAUGCUCAUAUUUAUGGUUUGACGUAUGGAUUCUCACAAGGUGUUACAUUUCUGGUGAAUGCGGCUGCAUUCCGAUUUGGCGCUUUUAUGAUUGAGCAGGGAGAGAUGACAUUUGAAGAUGUUUUUCUGGUAUUUGCGCUGAUCACAUUUGGCGCGAUGGCUGUGGGCCAGGCUAGUUCCUUCGCACCUGAUGCAGCAAAGGCAAAAGUUGCUGCCAAUCAAAUUUUCUUUUUACUGGAUAGAGAAUCAGAAAUUGAUACUAGUAGUACUGAGGGACUAAAGCCAGAGAAAUGUAUUUCGGAAUUAGAACUACAUGAUGUUCGAUUCCGGUACCCAACCAGACCAGACGUACCAGUGCUUAGAGGAGUCGACCUUAAAGUAAACCCCGGACAACGUGUAGCAUUGGUAGGUAGCAGCGGCUGUGGGAAAAGUACAAUUGUGCAACUUACAGAAAGAUUCUACGACACCAUUGCUGGCAGUGUGGCACUUGAUGGUAAUGAUCUCAAAGAUUUAAAUAUCCAGUCGUUGCGACAACAGUUAGGAAUCGUUUCACAAGAACCAAUAUUGUUUGACCGUACAAUUAAAGAUAACAUCGCGUAUGGUGAUAAUUCCAGAGAAGUGCCCAUGAAUGAAAUAAUACAAGCUGCAAAAGAUGCAAAUAUACAUGGCUUUGUACAAUCACUGCCAUUGGGUUACGAUACUAGAGUGGGUGAGAAGGGUACCCAGCUCUCUGGAGGUCAAAAACAGAGAGUAGCGAUUGCAAGAGCUCUCGUAAGAAACCCAAAGAUACUGUUAUUAGAUGAAGCUACAUCUGCUCUGGAUACUGAAAGCGAAAAGAUUGUACAAGAUGCAUUGGACAGAGCUAGUGAAGGAAGGACAUGUAUUGUAAUUGCUCAUCGUCUAUCAACGAUUCAAGAAGCGGAUAAGAUUGUGGUUAUACAGAAUGGAAAGAUUGUAGAGGAAGGCAAACAUGGAGAUUUAUUGAACAGACAGGGAGUGUAUUAUCGUCUCAAUAAUGCCCAACUCGCAACUAUGGAUGAGGAUAAAUCAUAG